UCCUCCGCUAAAUGGACUUUGUAAUAUCCACCCAAUAUGGUCGUUGGACAUCACCUGCUUGACUUCAUUGUUGGAAAGCAAACGCUCGAGUUCAAUGAUAACUGUGCCUCAUCUCCUCCUGACAGAACAACAAUUUUCGUGACAUUCGAAAGGUCGCACCUGAGUCGAUGGAUAUUCAAGGCCUUGUACGCCAGAUCGCAUGCCACUGGCUGCUCGUUGGUUUCUCCGCUAUCAUCACCUACUUCGUUGGAUCGGCCAUCUACAAUGUCUAUUUCAGCCCUCUCGCAAAGUAUCCAGGCCCUUUCUUCGCCAAAGUGUCUGGCAUUCCGUCGUUCUACCAUGCGCUCACCGGACACCGGCAUGUCUGGAUUUGGCAAUGCCAUCAAAUCUACGGUGAUGUCUUUCGCUUUCAACCAAACGGGAUCAUGGUGAAUUCACCAACGGGAUACCAAAGCAUAUAUGGCACCAAAGCAAACGUCAAGAAAGGAAAAUUCUACGAGGUCUUCCCUAGAAACAAACACUCAAGAAACACCCUCAACACUGUCGAUAGAGUUAUUCACGCGCACAAACGACGAGUCUUGAAUGCCGUGUUUUCCGAGACUGCUUUGCGCUCUGCGGAGACCUUCAUCAUUAGUCAUGUAGAUCGUUGGGUCGAGCUGCUUGUGGAGGACAACGAGCCAGAAGUUUGGACAGAGCCCAAGGAUAUAUCUCCUCUGAUAAACUGGCUCUUUUUCGACAUACUUGGAGAUCUGUGUUUUGGGAGGUCCUUCGAGAGUAAAGAGAAGCAAGAAAAUCCCUUGAAAAGCAUCCCACACACCACAACGAUGUUCUUUAAAGGCGUAUACCCCUUCACGAAAUCUCCAAUCUUGCAACUCUGGGUCUGGCUCAAGCCUAGAGGUUUAGACUUUGUUCUCAAUCGUAUCAAACCCGCGGCAUCAAAGCAAUACGGCCAGUUUGUAAUGGACAGUGUUAUGCAGCGGACAAAGCAAGAACAAAAGCUACAGAAGGAACGAGCAGAAGGGGCGGAAGUGCGAACAGACAUGUUUCACUACCUUUUCCAAGCCAAGGAUCCGAAGACUGGCGGUCCCGCAUAUACGCCAAUCGAAUUAUUCUCAGAAGCCAGCCUCUUGAUCAUUGCAGGGACUGACACCUCAGCUGUUGUACUUUGUGCUUUCUUCUUCUACAUCACACGCAAUCCGCGAGCUUACCGGCGACUUACGAAGGAGAUUCGAGAAACGUUCGGCAAUUUGGACGAGAUAAAAAGUGGCCCGAAGCUUUCAUCGUGCCGUUAUCUAUCUGCUUGUAUCGAUGAAGCAUUACGAAUGUGCCCUCCACUUCCAUCAGAGCUUCCUCGCGAGGUCCUCUCUGGUGGUCUUGUCAUCGACGGCCAACAAAUACCUCAAGGAGUGAAUGUCGGGACGAGUGGCUGGUCACUGAUGCACCAUGAUGAGGUAUACGGGGACCCGUGGGUAUACCGACCUGAGCGUUGGAUCGCCGAUGAAGCUUCAGGCGUUACCACAGAAGAUGUCACUCGAGCCCAGCGUGCCUUCUAUCCAUUUUCAGCGGGAGUUGGCAAUUGCGCGGGAAAGAAUCUUGCUAUGAAGGAGUUGCUUCUUGCCACGGCCAGAACUCUGUUUAUGGUUGAUGUGAAAGCACCUCCAGCACCAGACAAUUUGCUUGGGGCUGGCUCAUCAGAGCUUGGGUGGGGCAGCAGAAGCAAGAGUCACUUCGUUAUUGAGGAUGCGUAUCUCGGCACCAAGGAUGGACCCAUGUUACAGCUCAAGAGGAGAACUAUUUGAGAAGUAAUUUCCUUCGGCUUUUGAGAUUGGACCUUAUUCGUGCGUGCAAUGCACCAGAUGGGUGUUCUAUGGAUUUUGCACUGCGAUUGCAGAGAUUGCCAUUG